CAAAACCAAAAGAAGAAGAAUUCUUUCUGACCCAGAGUCAGUGACUUGUAAAAACAACAAUGAAGAUGUAAUAAUGAAGACCGACUAUAAACAUUUGCCUUGCACAAAGAGAAAACUUAGAAAUAAGGAGAAGGACAGCGACCAUGACAGAGGUGACAACAAAAGGCCUGAAGGAGCUGACACUCAGAAAGGAGGUUGCUCAGCUGGCUGCCUGGUGUAGUCAAAACAACCUAGAGCUGAAUGCAUUCAAGACAGUGGAGAUGAUAGUGGAUUUCAGAAGGAACCCUCCAUCACUUCCUCCCCUCACCAUCCUGGACAGCACUGUGGAUACUGUGGAGUCAUUCAGGUUCCUGGGCUCCACCAUCUCUCAGGACCUGAAGUGGGAGUCCCACAUAGACUCCAUUGUAAAGAAGGCCCAGCAGAGGUUAUACUUCCUCCGUCAAUUGAGGAAGUUCAACCUACCACAGGAGCUACUGACCCAGUUCUACUCAGUGGUCAUCGAAUCUGUUCUGUGCACUUCAAUUACUGUUUGGUAUGGCUCGGCCACCAAAUCAGACCUACGAAGACUACAACGGACAGUUCGUAGUGCUGAGAAAAUUAUUGGUGCUCCUCUGCCCACACUUCAGGACCUGUACGAUUCCAGAGUGAAAAACAGGGCAAGAAAAAUCAUCAUUGACUCCACACACCCAGCACACAAACUCUUUGAUCUGCUGCCCUCUGGCCGGCGCUUUAGAGCACCAAACACCAGGACUUCCAGACACAGAAGCAGCUUCUUCCCCCAGGCAAUCUCCCUCCUAAACAGAUAACUGCUCCUUAAGAGCAAUAUUCCACUUCCACUACUCCUAUAGUGUGCACUACUGUGCCUUAUUAUAUCUACAUCUUAUGUAUACAUGUAUAUAACACUACCUCUACUUACUAAAUUAUCCAUUUGCACAAGUGUACAUACAAUCUGUUAAUAUGUUUAUUCUACUAUAUACUACCCUGUACAAUGUCUCUUAUAUGUUAUUAUCCCCCAUUUUCUGUAAAAUAGUCUUUAUUUUAUAUAUGCACAAUUUAGAAUCUUUUAGACUGUAAAUCGUAUUAUAUUGUAUUGUCAUUGUGUUGAAUGUCUGUACUAGAAGCUUCCAACACCAAAGAAAAUUCCUUGUGUGUGCAAGCACACUUGGCAAUAAAGCUCUUCUGAUUCUGAUUCUGAUUCAAGUCGCUUAUCUCGGAGGUGAUGAUGCUAGAUGUGGAGGUCCUGGGCUGGUGUAGUUACACGUGGUCUGCGGUUGUGAGGCCGGUUGGAUGUACUGCCAAAUUCUCUGAAACGCCUUUGGAGACGGCUUAUGGUAGAGAAGUGAACAUUCACUUCACGGGCAACAUCUCUAGUGGACAUUGCUGGAGUCAGCAUGCCAAUUGCACGCUCCCUCAAAACUUGCGACAUCUGUGGCAUUGUGCUGUGUGAUAAAACUGCACAUUUUAGAGUGGCCUUUUAUUGUGGCUAGCCUAAGGCACACCUGUGCAAUAAUUAUGCUGUCUAAUCAGCAUUAUGAUAUGCCACACCUGUGAGGUGGAUGGAUUAUCUCGACAAAGGAGAAGUGCUCACUAACACAGAUUUAGACAGAUUUGUGAACAAUAUUUGAGCGAAAUAGGCCUUUUGUGUACAUAGAAAAAGGUAAAAAGGCACUGGCUGUAACCAGUGAUGUAAAGUAUUGGAGUAAAUGUAAUUAGUUACUGUACUUAAGUAUCUUUUUGGCUACUUUGUAGUUGUACUGAGUAUUAAAGAUAUUAGCAACUUUUACUCUCUACUUGACUACAUUUUUGAACAAGUAUAUGUACUCUUUACUCCACUACAUUUGUAAUGACUAAUGCAAUUACACAUUACAUUUUGCAUGGCACCUAACUUUUUUUUGCAGCAGUUUAUUUUAGCUACAGAAGAAUUAAUAUUGCCAUUUAAAGGGCAUUGAAGGUACUUCUUGUGAAUUUUCCCUUACUACUUUAUGUGAAUACGAGUGCAUUAUCAGGUAGUUGACAAUCGCUGGCUUUGACUUUUUAAUUUUACCUAACAUUAUUUUAUUUAUCCGUUAUAUUGAAGAGACCUUUUUGAAGAAUGUUGGCUUACUUAUGAGCACUUGAGCUUAAAUGAGACUUGGGUGUUUGUAAUAGAUGUAGGUUAUGGUGUCGACCAUGAUUUGUUGCAAUUUUGAGGUGUUCAGUCUUAUUAUGAUUUAAGAAAAUAAAUGCGAUUGCUCUCCUCGCGAAUCGACUGUUUCUUGUUUUUCACUGACAAGUCUCUUAAGUGUAGAGGACUAGAGCUGCGUUGAGCCUACAUUCAGUAUGAGUAAAAUACUCAAGUACUGUUAAAAUCAGAUACUCUAAGACUUUUACUCAAGUCGUUUUGGAAUUGGUGACUUGUAACUUGUAAUGGAGUAAUUUUCACUGCAAGGUAUCUGUACUUUUACUUAAGUAUGGUUUUCAGGUACUCUUUACACCUCUGGCUGUAACGAGAUCGUGAGCAUCAGUCUUAUCCUCUAGUAUAAGCCCUCUAGUGUCACAUGCAACACAAUUAAAUGACAUACCUACAGAUUUUUUCCAGAAAACUGUUUUCAAACAAUGGAAUGAAGAUUUUCUCCUGGAAAUCAUUUUGGAAUUCGAUUCUGGAUUUUAACUCUGGAUCAAAUCAGGCACUAUAUGAAGUCAUAUUAAACAAGACUCACAGAUUAUGAAAUAACAUAUCACACAUUACAAGACUCAAAGCAAUGCUAUUGCUGACUAAUUGAUAUGAAUUCUGCUUUGCAAGACAAAGAAAAUGAGGGUAAAAAAUGUAAGAAACAGUGUGAAAUGAUCCUCAGACUAAUCCAUGUCCCCAAAACCUCCAUCCCUUACACAUUUUCCCUACAGAAGCAACACAGCAGGAGGGGGUGUACAAAAAUGGAAAACAAAGGAAAAAAUGAAUAAAACAUUAUAAACUCUGCCUUUGCUGAGGACGUAAUUAACCAACUUUCACUGUAAUAGAUUAUAACAGUAUUACAUAUAGGAUGAUGAAAAUUCUUACAGCUCUAUAGGAGCUCAAUGUAAAAACCAUUUACUUAUUUGAUUAAUAUUACAAUACUGAAUGUGUACAAUAUAUAUUUGCUAUUAAUUUACUGCUGAUGUAAAGCCAAACAGCAUCACGAAUAUCAAAACAAUUCAAAUUUUCUAAAGCCCUUUCACUAAACCAGUUUCACACUGUAUUAUCUAACAUGAACUAAUAAUAAGCAAUAGUGUUUCAGCAUUUAUUAAUCUUUGUUCAUGUUAGAUAAUGCCAAUACAGUACAAAACUAAGAUGAACUAAGAUCAAUAAUUUCAUUGUUGAUUGUUAAUUCAUGUAAGCUAAUGCAUUAAUUGUGUUACUUUUUUAAUAAAAAAUAUUAUAAUGUAGCCUACUGUUAUAAUACGUAUAUUAUAGGCGGUUUCAUCAGAUACACGGGCCUAGCCCGAAGU